GUGUUUAUAUAUGUGCAUUGUAGCAUUGUCCAAUGGCAUGGUACUGUUUUUGCACUUAUUCAAUUCACAUUUGUGUUGUACUUCUGUGGUAACAAAAAAAAAAAAAAAAACAAAUUUAGUGGUACACGUGCAUACGACAAAUGUAAAAUCUGUAGAUUGACGAAAUAUUUUAGGAUUAUUUGUAUUACUAUUGUUAUUAUUGCAGUAAUAAUAUAGGAGUCCGGGGUCUCGAAAGUUGUAUCAUAAAUUAGCAGUGGUUGUACCGUCUUAUGUGCUUAAAAGACGAACUCCUACUUUUUGUGUGAAAAAGACAGCGAGAGAGAACAGAGGUUUUACAGUCCAUUUCCUUUUCGACCGCAUUAAGUAUGAUAAAGCUAUUCUCACUUAAAAAUGCUAAAAAGGAUGGCGAAUCGCCAAAAAGUGGCUCUCAAAAAAAGGCCUCUGCAGCCCAACUGAGAAUUCAGAAAGACAUAAACGAACUUAAUCUUCCAAAGACUUGUGGAACCGAGUUCCCAGAUUCUGAUGAUUUAUUGAACUUUAAACUUAUUAUCUGUCCUGAUGAGGGAUUUUACAAAGGAGGCAGAUUUGUGUUUAGUUUCAAGGUCGGGCCUAACUAUCCACAUGAGCCACCUAAGGUUAAAUGUGAAACUCAGGUAUAUCACCCAAAUAUUGAUUUGGAGGGAAAUGUAUGUCUUAACAUUCUUAGAGAAGACUGGAAACCUGUCCUCACAAUUAAUUCCAUUGUUUAUGGACUUCAGUAUCUAUUUUUGGAGCCAAAUCCAGAGGAUCCAUUGAACAAGGAUGCAGCUGAAGUGUUGCAAAAUAAUCGUAGAGUGUUUGAGCAGAAUGUAGCUAAAGCAAUGCGAGGAGGUUAUGUAGGACAAAAUUAUUUUCAGCGAUGCCUUAAGUGAUACUCUAUUUUCUUGUUUAAGGUAUUCAUACGUCAUUAUGAGAAAAAUACGGCAUAUGUAUGAAUAUACAAUGCAAUACAAUGUACUUGCAUUUGCAAUAUAUACACACUAUAUACACAUAAAAGUAAACACACAUGUAUACUUGUUCCACAUGUCUUGCCAAAUCUCCCUUUACAUCUUUUAUUGUUUUUAAUUUUGGCUACAAAGCAUACAUUAAUACAUAAAUGAGUAACUAAGUACAACUAUACAAAUACACAUAUAUUUAUAUGUAUGUAUUAGCGCAUGUACUCAUACAUGCAUAAUAUAGUUCGAUAAUACAUUAAAAAUAAAUAUAAAAAAUAGUAUGUAAAGUUAAUGAGAACAAAAUGUCAAACGUGAGAACACAAUUGUACUAUCAGUCAUUUAAUUACAUUUAAGUCGUUUUAAUCCUGUAUGACACCCUAAUUAAUAUGAUUUUUAUUUCAUCGCUUGUGAGACAGUCAAUAAAAUAAUUUUUUAAUCUUAA